AUGUGUGCAGGGUCAGGUCUGGGCUUCAACAUAGGGACUGGGGGGACACAGUUGUCUAGAGCAGGGUGCGCUGCAGUCUUGGGACAUGUUCAGACGACAGUCGGUGGCUCACUCGGUUGCUGGAGCCCUUGUCUGCCUCCCUCUUGCUCCUGCAGAUACCACAUGGAAUGUCUGGAUCCUCCUCUCGGGGAGGUGCCGGUGGAUGAGUGGUUCUGUCCAGAAUGUGCGGCGCCUGGAGCUGCUCCUGCCGCUGAUGCAGGGCUUGUGAGUGAGGAGGAGGUCUCCCUGCUCUUGGCUGAUGUGGUGCCCACCACCAGCCGUCUCCGGCCCCACUCAGGGAGGACCCGCGCCAUUGCCAGGACACGGCAGAGCGAGAGAGUCCGAGCAACUGUGAACCGGAAUCGGAUCUCCACCGCCAGGAGGAUCCAGCAUGUCCCACGGUACCUCAUGUCUUCUCUGCUGGACGAGACCAUUGAGGCCGUUGCUGCUGGCCUGAGCCCUGCUGUGUACCAGCGCCCCGUGGCGCCCCGAGCCCCCGCCAAGCGCAGGAGGAGAGCAGGAAGACGGAAGAAAGUGUCGGGAAGAAGGAAAACACAGUCCAGGUCGUGUGUGAAGAGCAGGAGCUCCGGAACGAGGUCUAAGAAACGCCAGGGUCGUGUGAAGAAGAGAAAAGGGAAAACGUCAAAGAAUGAAGCCACAGCCCGCUCCCGCAUCGCACGGACCCUGGGCCUCCGGGGUCCGGCCCGCGGAGCCUGCAUCCCAUCUGUGCACAAGCCAGCAGACCCCUCUCUGGGGCUGAUGCGUGCGGACAUCGGAGUGGCCUCUCUGUCGCUCUUUGGAGACCCCUAUGAGCUGGACCCCUUUGACAGCAGUGAAGAGCAGUCUGCAAACCCUGCUUCCCCUUUGAGUGCCAAGAGGAGGGUUCUGUCGCAGUCAGCGCUGCGUUCUCACCGGCCUGUGGCCAGGCCCGUGGCCAUGGGGCUCUCCAGGAGGAGCGUUCCUGCUACAGCGCCUGAGCCAGAAGUGGACGAGACCCCCGUCCCAGACCUGGUGGGGAGCAUCCUGUCAGGCCAGAGCCUCCUGAUGAUGAAUGGUGCGGACAUCAUCAUCCACCGGGAUGGCUCCCUCAGUGCCAAGAGGGCAGGGGCACUUUCUACGGCUACAGAGCACAACUGUGAAACACAAGAGAAAGUCCCCACUGUGGCAGCACCUGUUUCCUUCCCACGGAGCACCGGCCGGAGCACAGGUGGCUCGUCCCAAGGAGGGAAGCACCCUGGGCCCGUAGCGCCUCAGUCAGGAAGCGGGUUGCAGAGUGCGGGGCUGAGCUGUCCUGGCACGCCGGCGCCCUCCUGUGUCCCUGCACUCAGGACAGGGGCGACUGUGAGACUGGACUCGUCGGUGACCCCUCCGUCCGGUCAGACUCAGAACCUGUCAGGUGUGCGUGGGCCUGGCUUAAAGCAAAGGGACAAUCCCCGAUGUGAUGGCGACACCCGGCACGUUCUGCCCCCCAACUCUGUGUCCUUGAAGACCUCCGCUAGCUGCUCUCACUUGCCACCUGCUGGCGCACUGCUGGACCAGGCCUUGAAGCCGGUUCCCAGGAGGCCCGACAUCUCUGAGCUACCGAGGAUACCAAAGGUCAGAAGGGAGGACAGCGGCGGCAGACAGGCGGAUGUGGCUCCCCCCAGCGAGCAGCGUGUUGAGAUCCCCAGUUCCUGCAUCAGCCGGCUCACGGGCAGGGAGGGCCCCGGGCAGCCUGGCCAUGGUGCCCGAGCAGAGGGCGAGCCCAGCAGCAGGGGCCCACAAGAGCCUGGCCCGCACUCAGGGGGCGGCUCCCAGUCCCCCGCCUCGCUGGGACCCUCGAAGGGGAAGGGUGUCAGCUCGACCUUUGAGAGCUUCAGGAUCAAUAUUCCCGGGAACACGGCACAUUCCGGCAGACUCUCCAACCCUGGCUUUUGUAACACGUUCCGGCCUGUUGACAAUAAGGUGCAAAGGAAAGAGAACCCCUCGCCCCUGUUCUCCAUCAGGAAGACCAAACAGCUCAAGAGUGAGAUCUACGACCCCUUUGACCCCACAGGCUCUGACUCCAGUUCUGCCGGCAGCAGCCCCGAGCACCUGGGCUCUGGCCUCCUGCCCUCUGAGAUCACACGCACCAUCUCCAUCAACAGCCCGAAGGCCCCAGCGUUGCAGACUGUGCGCUGUGUCACCUCCUACACAGUGGAGACUGUCUUUGGGACGGAGCCCGAGCCCCCUCGGGGGCCUUCCUCCAGCGGGCUCGAGCUCCGGGGUGAGGGGGCUGCUGAGGGGGCCUCCGACCUGGAGUGCGAGGGGCUGGGCAAGGGGGCUGCCGAGGGCCAGGGCUCAGCCUCCCGGGCACAGAGGCCAUCCCCACCGGAGCCGUGGGAAGACAAGGACCAGCUGCCCUGCAGUACCUUCUUUGGCUCCGAGCAGCGGACGGUGACCUGCGUGACUGUAGCCGAACCAGAGUCCCCGCCCAGCCCGGACGCACCGCAGACGACCACCCACAGGAUCGUGGAGCUGAGGUCCCCUUCCUGCUCCCGCUCCACAUCCAGCUCCCGUGGCAGGAAGAAAGCCAAGAGGAAGCGGGCCACUGCCAGGGAGCACAGGAGGACCCGCUCAGGCUCCCGCUCAGGUUCCCGCUCCGGGGACAGGAGCUCACCGUCGGUGUCGCCACCACUGGGUGAGGACCACCCCAAGAGGCAGCAGACCAAGUCCCGGGGCCGGAGGUCUUCCAGCGACCACUCCAGCAGCCACGAGCGAGCCAAGCGGAAGAAAGCGAAGGACGAGGGCAGGAGGAGGAAGAGGGAGUCCUGGGGCCAUGGCCGGCGGAGGUCCAGGUCCCGCUCAGGCAGCCCCAGCAGCUCCUCCCACGAACGCAGGGAGAGCAGGAGGAGGAAGCGGAGGCGGUCAGGGUCCAGGUCUCGGGGGAGGGAGUGCUCACCCCCAAGCAGCCUGGAGAGAGCCCGGAGGCACCGGCACCCGCGGGAGAGGAGCCCACGGGAGAGGAGCCGGGAGCGGCCGCGCACCAGCUGGGGCUCCCACGAGAGGAGGAAGCGUAGGUCCAGGUCACCAAGGUCGCCAAGCACGGAGCAUAGGUCCCGGGAGUACCAGCGCCCUCGUUCCCAUGAGAAGCGGCCGAGGACUCGCUCCCCAGAGAGGAAGUUGGCAGCCGCUCCCGCGGAAGGGCAGAAGCCCGACAGGGAGCAACCAGCCAGGCCACCGGCCUCAGUGGGAGCAGACGCCUGCCCAGCAGGGGCCGAAGCCCACAAGGCCGUUCCAGAGGUACCGGCUGAGUGUCCGCCCGAGGAUCUGGAUUACGGUGACUCUGUCGAGGCAGGGCACAUCUUUGAGGAUUUUUCGAGCGAAGCCUUCUUCAUGCAGCUGGAUGACAUGAGUUCCCCACCCUCCCCAGAGAGCACAGACUCCUCCCCGGAGCGGCACUUCCCACCCACUCCUUCCGUGCCCCCAGCCAGCCAGCAGCCGGACACCAGCCUGGCAGUGGCUGUCAUCAGACGGGAGGUGUCGCUGAUCCAUGGUGAAGACGCUGCACAGCCCCCGCCCCGGGCACAGAGCCCCGAAGAGAAGCCCCUGCUCCAGCAGGACGCCACUGGGGCUGCCGUGGUGCCCAGCACCCUGGGAAGCCAGGCUGUGGGCGGGGUGCCCGUGGGGAAGGAGGAAGGCCCCUCUCAGACCCCCUUGUUGCGGGCUAAAGCCCUGGUGAAGAGAGUCACCUGGAACCUCCAGGAGGCCGAGAGCGGUGCCCCUGCCGAGGAGCGAGGCCUGCGGACGCCGCUCCACAGGCCCCAGAAGCCCCGGGAAGGGGUCCUGGAAACAGAAGACAUGGGCCCCUCGGUGGGGUUCCAGCAGGCAUCCUUCUCUGAGCCCCCUCUCCCCGGAUACACACUUCCAGAGUCCAGCUUCUCCGACGCUGAGCCCUCUCAGGUUUAUACACCCAACCUGCCCCCUGCCCCAGCUCUGCCCGUGAGUCUCCCGCCGUACGCACCAGCCAGCCAGCCCACAGUCCAGUUUAUCCUGCAAGGGAGCCUUCCCGUGGCGAGCUGCGGGGUCGCACAGAGUCCAGCCCCAGUGCCCACGGCCCUGACCACAGCCCCCGAGUCAGCCGGCUAUGCCCCCGGCACUGGCAACUCCGAGGAGAGGUCGGCCGCUCCCAGGCCUGCUGCAGAGAAGGCCAAGAAUGAGGAGUACAUGAAGAAGCUGCACAUGCAGGAGCGGGCGGUGGAGGAGGUGAAGCUGGCCAUCAAGCCCUUCUAUCAGAAGAGGGAGGUGACCAAGGAGGAGUACAAGGAUAUCCUUCGCAAGGCCGUGCAGAAGAUAUGCCACAGCAAGAGCGGGGAGAUCAACCCCGUGAAGGUGGGCAACCUGGUCAAGGCCUACGUGGACAAGUACAGACACAUGCGCCGGCACCGGAGGGCCGAGGCUGGUGAGGAGGCGCCCGCGCAGGGCGCCGAGAGCUGAGGCUGGGCGCAGAGCUGGGGCUGCUGGCCCCUGCCCCUGAGUGAUUCUGUUGGGAGUGGCAGAAGCAGAAGCCUCUGAAGACGCCCAGCCAGCAUUCCUGAAUUCAGGGUUACCGUGAUCACAUGUGGUCUGUGCACCUGUCCUGCUCACAGUUUAAAACUGGACUUUUUUAUAUGUAUAUUAUAGAUACACAGUUUCCAUUGUGUUCUAAUUUAUCAAAAAUGGAUUAUCUUUAGAAACUUCUCGAUUGACUCAGUACUUGAAAGGCGAAGCCUUUGGUGAUCAGGAGGGGCCUGGGGGGUGGAAGGAGCUCCUUGUCCCUUCUCACAGAUGGCCCGAUUUUAUUUUCUAUAGUAAUAAGGGAAGGCCAUGCCCCAGUUCUCUGUUGUUCCGCUCUGUAAGUGACGCUCGUGUUUGCUGCCUCCCACCAACCAGAGCGCAGUGUUGGUGGGUCUGGAAGGCAGGGGCCCUGCACACAGCACAGAGUCAGCCGUUCGUGGUGCCCGCCCCUUGCCAGCACAGCUGCCAGGAGCAAACGUCUGCUGUUCCCAGAGCGUUUUGUAUGCUUUGAGUAGAGUUUGUUGGCUCUAAA